AUGUCCGGCCUCGAACUCGGCCUCGCAAUAGCCGGCCUAGUCAGCACCGGCGCGAUGCCGCUGCUCACGUCGGCAGUAAAGCGAUACCGCCGCACCCGUGACCGCACCCGUCAACCCCCCAUUCCUGCUCCUCCUCUUCCUCCAGCAGCACCACUACCACCGCUACCGCCGCCGGCGUAUGAGGAGGUAUAUCCGCCCGGAUACUACGCCUACCCCUCUGCAGCACCACCGCCGGGGCAAACACCGCGGAAGGAGCGGGAACGGGAAAGAGAAAGAGGACGGGAUAAGGGGCGGAAGAGCGGGAGCAACAGAGGGAGCAGAGGGCGGAAAGACGGGAGGGGUGCGGGUGGCGGGGAGGUGUACUACCUGCAGCACCCGAGUGCGAACGCGAGUGCCGCCUCGUGGAGCUCCAGCACGGGUAUCUACCAGCUGCAGAACUCGAGUGCGUGCUCGGGGAGUUCGGGCGGGAGCUCGAGCUCGAGGGCGGGCAUGGGCAUGGGGUGCUCGGGCAUGGGGUGCGCGGGCGGCUGGAGCUACAGCGGCUGCGGCGGCUACAACGGCUACAACGACUGCUACGGCGGCUGCUACAAUGACUGCUACAACGACUGCUCCGCGUGUUGCUGUGGGCAUGCUUAUGGGUGCUGCGCAUAG